AUGAUUCUGCCAGCAAUACUCCUGUGUCUUGCAGCUGUGCUGUGUCCAUCUGCUGGAGAGGACCUCAGCUAUGUUCCUCUACCUUUACUCACAGCCUCAUCCUCUCAACAGGUACCUGAAGCUUCCCUUGCUCUAUCAACCAACAGAACCGAUCAACAAAAGUUGAUUGUUGACAAACACAAUGCCCUCAGGAGAAGAGUCAGCCCUCCUGCCAGUAACAUGUUGAGAAUGGAAUGGAGUCCUCAGGCUGCAGCUAAUGCUCAUAACUGGGCAAAUCGAUGUUCUUUAAGUCACAGCCCUCCAAACCAGAGGGAUAUCGGUGAACCAUGUGGCGAAAAUCUCUACAUGUCAACUGCCCCUUCCUCGUGGUCAGAUUCCAUUCAGGCCUGGUACAAUGAGGAGAAAGAUUUCAAAUAUGGAACUGGAGCAACAACAGCGAAUGCUGUGAUUGGCCAUUACACUCAGUUAGUUUGGUACAGUUCUUACAAAGUUGGAUGUGCAGUCGCCUAUUGUCCUGAAAGGACAUUCAAGUACUUUUAUGUGUGCCAUUACUGCCCUGCAGGGAAUAUAAUGGGUUCAAUUGAAACGCCCUACAAAGAAGGACAACCUUGUGGUGACUGCCCUGAUUCUUGUGACAACGGAUUAUGCACCAAUCCUUGCAAGUUUCAUGAUGUUUACUCCAACUGUCCUGAAAUGGCAAAGAAAUAUGGAUGUGACCAUAGCUUUAUCAAGGCAAACUGCCCUGCCUCCUGCAGAUGCCAAAAUGAAAUAAUAUGA